AUGGAGCCAGAACGUAGGGAGGCCAUUUUCAUAGAGAGUACCAGGCUGAAUAAGGCUGCAGUGGUUCAAAGAAGACAACAUUUUCUGUCUUUUGCUUCAGAUUACGACACCACACCCUUGAAACCUGGUGACCAAGGGAACAAAGUUCAUCUCUUUUCUGCGUGGCCAGCUGGUGCAAGUAAGUUGUGCUAUAUUUUUCUGCACAAUAGCUGCAUUGUCCGUGUGACACCUGCCAAACUGGAUGCAGCAGGGCCAGAAGAGGCUGAAGAAGGCUGGAGCCUUUCCAACAGCAGCCAUCCCCCACUUCUUCUCAGUAAAGAACCAGCUACAUCUAACUCAACCUCCAGCCAGUUCCAGAAUCAGCAUGAUGCCUCCACUCUCACCGAUUUCUGCAACAGCAGCAAUCUGCCCGAAGUGGAAAUCAUCAGCCUUCUGGGGGAACAACUGCCCUUGUAUAAACUCCGGGCAGACACAGUAUUUGGAUAUGACCACAAAGAUUGGAUUCAGACACCCCUGGUCUCAUCUGAUGCUGCUGAUGCCCUCACAUUCAAACAGGUCGACGAGACCCUGAAAUACUUCUUAAUGUGUUCUGAGCGAAUUGAGAAGAUCACCAAAACAUACCAUGAUAUAGAUGCGGUCACCACCUUGCUGGAAGAGAAGGAACAUGAUUUGGAGUUAGCAGCCCGCAUUGGGCAAUCGUUGCUCAAACAAAAUCGGAGUUUGUCUGAACGCAAUGAAUUUUUGGAUGAACAGCUAGAAUUAGCAAAAGAAGAGAUAGCUCAGCUGAGACAUGAAAUAUCAAUGCGGGAUGAUCUUCUCCGCAUGUUUACCAACAGCACUGAAGACAGUGAGCCAACUUCCAUCAUUUCUACCCCGUUACGAAGGGUUGAUUCUUCCCUCUCUCUGCAGCAGUGUUUGCAAUAUGACCUUCUUCAUCAGAAACUUAAAGGAUUGGAAGAGGAGAACCAGAAACUGCGUACUGAAGCUACAAACAUUGCCACAGAAACAUAUGAAUAUGAAGACCAGGAACAGAAGCUCAUGCUUGAUUGUGUGGAACAAUUUUCUGAUACCAGCCAGCAAGUUAUCCUGAUUUCCGAGGAGCUGGCUCUCAAAACAGAGGAUUCAAUCCGGCAACAGGAGGAGAUUAGUCAGCUUCUAGCACAGAUUGUAGAGCAACAGAAGAAGUGCCGUGCGUAUUGUUCUGAAGUGGAGCAAUUGCAACAGCAACUCACUGCAGCCAAAGAAAUCCAAUCUCAGCUUCGCAGAGAGCUCCAGGAUUCACAGGAGAAAUACACAGAAUGUCAAGCAAUGUUGCAUGAAGCUCAGGAGGAUAUUAAAGAUCUUCGCAACCGCAGUUUGCCCAACAGCACCAUCCACCACAGUUCCCCCACCUUCUUACCUCUGGAUUCCCUGGCUGCAGAGAUCAAGAGCACAAUGAGAAAAGGGAUGGACAGCUCUGGGUCAUCUGAGUACAAAAGCUUCCGGCGUGUGUUUGAGACAGUGAAGGCUGUGAAGCGAGCAACAAAAGCUAAAUCGGGAAGGGCAACCCCUUUGAGUUUUCUUCCACAUUCCCCCAAAGCAGCUUCAGUGGCCUGCAGUCACUUUAACAGUCCACGUAACAACCGCUAUGGUUCAGAUAGCCCCAUUAUGCUAGAAGAAAAGGGUCACCUGGCUCCUGAAGAUCCCAAUGACACCCACCACAGAGUGGAUGCUACGUCAGGUACACCUGGCCACCAUGUCUUGGAAGCUGCUAUCCAGAGUUUGUCUGCUCGCCAGAAGAACCACAGCACUGAGCAUUCGUUUUUUGAGAUGGAACGUGAAUACAAACUGAGGCGCCUGGCUUUGGAGGUGGAGGACUUCAGUGGGUGCCUGACCCCCAAUGGUAGCAUCACAUCUAUAGGCACCAACUAUUCAGGCAGUUCUGGCACCUCCUUGGGAUCCUACUCUUGCUUCCCUGAUAAGCUUCAAAUUGUUAAGCCUAUGGAAGGUUCUGUGACCCUGCACCACUGGCAGCAGCUGGCCCGGCCUCACCUGGCAGGAAUCCUGGACCCUCGACCAGGUGUACUUACCAAAGAUUUCCGCCAGCUUGAUACUGAUCUUGAAGAGGUCCAUAAUCUAAAUGACUUAGAAGAAGAUGAGAUGGAUGGCAGCGCCUUGGCUUCUCUUGCUACCUCAACAACUGUUAAAGCCAAAGAAAGGCCAACUGUUUUUCACUCCGUUAACAAUCUGCCCCAGACCCCGCCUACUUUCACCAUCACCACCUGUUGCAUCAUGCACCCUAUCAAAGAGGUUACCAUGGUGACACCCAGUCUUUAUAAUACAGUUGUGCCCUCUUGUGGGCCCUGCAUGGGGAUGAGCCCGUCUUCCCCUCGACGCAGGCAGGAGAAGAAAGAGAAAGAGCUUGGACUGGUGACUCUCCUGACAAAGCAAGGCAUUUCUGCACAGAGCCCAGGAGGGGCGCUCGUGUCCCCACCCCGAGUUAUUAAGGAUCCAAGCCUCUCCUCUUGCUUUUCUUCUCCCUCGGUUUCACUGUGGCACUACCGCUUGGAUAGCUUUGCUGAUUGGGCUUCAGGACUGCCUCCGCUGCAGCGCAAGAAGCCUGAGAAGAAGAUGUCACCAACUAGAGUUAAUACUUAA